AUGGACAGAGGAAAAAUGCCUUCAGCGGGUCGAGGAGCUAAAAGCAAGGCUCCACAGCACCCACAAGAUAUCUUUGCGUUGGGCAGUAAGUCCACUGUGGUGGUCUCCAGGGACCCUGAGAAGAGAAACAUCCAUAAACCUUCUACCAGUGGUGUAGAACGCAAAAGAGAACCCUCAGGGUUUGGCAGUCAGCCGCCCAGCAAGCGUGCGAGAAUUGGUUCACCUGCUGAGGCAGUUGGAGGCCUGCUGACAGGCUCAAUACGUCUCCUCAAAUCGCAGCGUUCCAAACCAGACCCAAUACUAUGCAUGGGUUUACUAUACCUGACUAAAAUAAGACCGAACAUGUUUGCGCAUGAGACGGUUACGCAGAGCCUCUGUACGUUACUGAAGAGGGAACAAGGAGCUGCGUUCAAGAACAAAGGAAAUCCGCUUGUGUAUAUUCUGGCGUGUAACAUGCUGUAUGCUGGACACAGGGAGAGCAAUAACUGGCCUGAUAUAUUUAUUAAGGUUUACAUUGAGGAUGCCUUGAAUGAGCGUUGCUGGGUGGAAUGUUCAUGGUGCAAAUGCUUCGUGGAGAAUGUGGUGACUGCGUUCAGCACCAAACAGCCACCAUCACACCUAAUACCCACUGAUAACACCUUGGUCAUGUUUUUACAUUCGUGCUACAGAUAUUCUACUAGCUAUGAGGCGGUGGAGACACUCGUCCUGGAAGCCAUCAAGGAACAGAUCCAACGUCGCUCGGCGGCCCCCGACGCUAUCGGCAAGGGAUUCCUCAAGCUACUGUCUGCCACGUGCGGCUUCCCAGAGAUCCGUAUGAUAUCAGCGUCUCGCCUCGAAGCGUGGCUGCAUUCGGGCAAGCUGUGGCGCUGUGCGCAGGAGUUGUUGGCCUACGUGUGUUGUAACUGCGACGCCUGCGGACCCACCGCGGCCAGGGACCACGAGGUGCUGGCUCAGCUGGCGCGGAUGAGGCUCAAGACCAAACCUCUGCAGGCGGCCUACCAGGCCUGUCUUCGAGAGAUGGUGUCGGACAGCCCUCCACUCCUGCGCAGCGUAGUGACGCAUACGAUCUACAACGAGCUGUCCAACGUGCGGUCCCCCAACAACAUGGCGGAGUUAGUUCUCCGGCCAGAAGAUUAUCUUCGUCCGCUACGCGCGUUAACGCGCGAGGUGGUGCGUGCAGCGCGCGCAGACGCGCAGGCACUACUGCCGCUGGCGCGUGCGCUGGCGCAGCCUCCGCCACACGAACCGCCGCAAGAAGUGAUGUUCGUGGAGCCAGCGGAAACAUAUAGCAAGGUGGACAACUGGCCCCCAGAGUCGGAGCGUGCCGCCACCUACCGGUUAUGUUGCGAGGCUCCGUUACCUCAGAACACGCUACUACGGGUCAUCUUCAUCGGCCUCUCCAAGGACAUCCCGGUGUCACCGGCAGAAGUGUUCGAGCUGGUGGAGCAGUUGGUGCGCCGCGCAUGCGCCCUGCCCGCCGAGGAGAACCCCCUGCAGGUGGACAAGCUGGAGAUAGCUGACUACAUCUUCCAGCUGUGUCAGUUCAACCCACCUGAUAAUAUCACACUGCCGGCUGGCUACACCCCUCCAGCGCUGGCCAUCACGUCGCUGUACUGGCGCGGCUGGAUCCUGCUGACGAUGCUGGCUGCCCAUAACCCCCAGCAGUUCGCAGAGCGCGCCGCCGCCAUGUAUCCUACACUCAGAGCCCUCAUCGAGAUGUGUAUCACCAACAAGCCGAGUAUAGAAUGGAGUACCAGUACCACGGCGGAGGCGGAGCGCGCGGAGGCGGAGCGAGCUGCCAUACUACAGCUGGAGACUCACCUGGCGGCCGCCAGUAACUCCAAGAUGCCGGUCAAUGAACAUAACUCCAGGCUGCUCAGUCAGCUAACCACUUUGGAACCCCUGGGUCCUGCGAGGAAGCCUCCGCAAGCGAUCAUAGAGACCCUGCAGGCGAUGAGCUCACAGAUGAGGCUGGGCAAGUUAUUGUGUCGACAACCGGCGCUACUGCUGGACCUGGUGGAGAGACAUGGAACUAGGAGAGCCAUGCCCUGGCUACAUCAACUGCUCAGGCACGACCAGCUCGAACUUAGCGUGCUGCCGGUGCAGUGCCUGUGCGAGUUCCUGUCGGCGGGCGGCGCGGGCGGCGAGGUGGGCAAGGCGGGCGAGCUGUGCGGACACCUGCGCCGCACCGUGGCAGACUCCGAGGCGGGCGCGCGCGCCGUGCUGCACUACUACAUGACGCGCCUCGCGCACACACACGCGCCCACCCGCGCGUCCGCCAAUAGGGGUCUGAAGCUGGUGCUGCAAUCUUCAGACGAUACAUCUGAAACUGAUUACAACGCUGACGUUGGUCCCGACGAGUGGCUGGAGCUGGUGUGGGCGCUGCCGCACUGGGAGGCCGUGCGCGACGACGUGGUGCUGCGCGUGCGCACCGCCUGCGCCGUGGAGUGCGUGCCGCGCCAUCUGGCCGCCUACAUCGCCUUCCUGCAGCACUACGUCGCCUGCACGCCCGCGCUCGACCAUACCGACCUCGAUCUGGGCCAGGUGAUAAUGGAACGAGCGCAGGUGAUGGGCAACGUACUGGGCACGGGCGAGCGCACCGAGCACGACGUGCACGACGCGCACGAUACUAACGUGCACGAGUUACAGCGCGCACAGCAUCGUGCGCUGUAUUCACUCACCAAGAUAUUAUAUGACUAUCUGCAAAAGCUCCGUAGCGGCGCAGCAUGCGAGGCUAGCGCGGGCUCGGCGUGGUCGUUCAACGAGCGCGUGUCCGUGCAGUGGCCGAGCGGACGCACUGCGCGCACGCAUCUCAUGUUAUCUAAUGCUAUAGUAUCUCCCUCUAGCUCCGUAGCGGCGCAGCAUGCGAGGCUAGCGCGGGCUCGGCGUGGUCGUUCAACGAGCGCGUCAUGCGAGGCUAGCGCGGGCUCGGCGUGGUCGUUCAACGAGCGCGUGUCCGUGCAGUGGCCGAGCGGACGCACUGCGCGCACGCAUCUCAUGUUAUCUAAUGCUAUAGUAUCUCCCUCUAGCUCCGUAGCGGCGCAGCAUGCGAGGCUAGCGCGGGCUCGGCGUGGUCGUUCAACGAGCGCGUGUCCGUGCAGUGGCCGAGCGGACGUACUGCGCGCAUGCAUCUGGUGUUGGCGCACGCGUACGUCAAACUGCUGUGUAUUGGACCCUCUAUGUGUAAAUGACACAAACCAAGAAAUGUACUCCUGGUUGAUGUCGGUAUGGGUGGGCAGCGAAGCCCCGGCGGCGUACACCGCGUCGGGGGCGGAGGCCUGCCUGCUGCCGGACUGGCUGCGCCUGCACAUGGUGCGGUCGGCGCGGCCGCCGCUGCUCGAGGCCGGCAUGAGAGCUCUACCUGCGCCUAAACUGGCACUCUUCAUACAGACUUUCGGCAUGCCUGUGCAAGCUAUGAGUGCGCUCCUGUCAGCCCUGGACGCAUGCCCAGCGGGUGCCCUGUCCCGCCUGGGCGUGGAACGCGGGUACAUGUCACAGUUGCUGGGCGUGCAGCGCGCGCGGGGGGCCACUGGUGGACAUGCCUUCGCAGCCACGCUCAGACUCACGCCGCUCACAUACCCACCUGACGACAAGUUAUUCGUGAAAGAAGAACUACCGAUGGAGCCGGAGGACGAGUGGGGUAGCUGUGUAGUACCGGCGCCAUUACAUCCCGACCAAGUGUCUCCACUGCUCAACACCUUGGUGAGCGCGGACGUGUGGCGCGGCGGCGGCAGCGCGUCCCGCGGCGUGCUGGCGUGGCUGCGCGCGCUGGCGGGCCGCGCGGCCGGCGCCGCCGCGCUCGUGGCAGACACCCUGCUGAUGCAGUGCAAGAUGCUGGCGGGCCCAGUGGUGGACGUGCUGCGCACGUUGGAGGCCGCGUCUCCCAGUACAUUGGAAGCUCUGGGCAACCGCAUCAUAUCGAGCCAGGACACGCGCGUCAUUGUGGACGUCAUUACACACAUACUCGAGAAGAGCCAGGAUGGACACUACGAGUCCAAGAUAAAACACGAGGAUGGUAGUGCGGGUCCUGCGCACGUGUUCUCCCGCGGCGGCCUCGGCUGCGGCCUGCUGCUGGACUGGAUGUCGGAGCUGCAGAGGGAGGCUCUCGGGCCCAGCGACCAGAGGCAUCGGCAGGUCGAUGCAGCUAAUGUUCCGGUCGGGCUGCGCCCCCUGGCGGCCACUGCUGGUGACCCUGCUGGCCCACCGAGCGUCCUGGAGGACCCUGCACUACUGCCUCACCACGCUGCUGCAAGAUGAGGGUGGCUGGUCUCCGAGUGCAGUGCUGGACUUCGCGGAGACGUUGGUGGAGAGUCCUCGCGUGUGGCAGGGCCGGGACAAGACCACGCCCAAACAUUACGUGCCCGACGACACGCUGCGGCUCAACUACCAGCAGCUGGGCGUGAUGGUCCGCUACGUGGCGGAGGAGGUCCGCGCGGUGGAGCGCGAGGGCGGCGCGGAGGCGGCGCGGCGGCGGGCCGACGCGCGCC